CAAAACAUCUUAUAUUCCAGAGGGAAUAAUAAAGUUUAGGACAAAUCUCAUAAACCCCCUAAAACUAUUUAUGACCAAACAGUCCAUAGAAAAAAAAAUACAUUUCAGAUUAAGUGUAAAAAGACUAAAUAUUCUUAUGAAAAAAUACAUUUACUAUAAAUAUAUAUUCUAAAAUAUUUUAAAUUUUGUACCUUCAAUCUUAAAUUUAAAAUCUUAAACUUUAUUCUCCAAACUCUAAAUUUCACCCCGAAAAAAUUAAUAUUUGGUUAUAAACCAAGUAAUUAUAUGAAUUUAUAUAUAUGUUUUUAAACCAUUUAGUGAAUACUAUUUGUUUAAGUGGAAAAAAUAGUACUACAUUUUAUUUGAGAGAAUGAUAUUACAAACUUAUUUUAAUGUACAUUUUUUAUUUACAUAACAAUUUGUAAGGUUUUAACAAACUUUAAUAAAGGCAUAAACAAAUAAUAUCAAAUAAAUGAUGGCAUCAGAAAUAAACAAGAAAUUGAAAAAAAAAAAUAUAAUUUUUUUUUAAUAUAUAUAUUCCAUUAACUCCCUAAAAACAUCAUCAAAUUCAUACAAAGAUUCAAGCAAAAUCGGUACAACCACAAGAUUUGAUAGAAUAGACAUAUCGGACACACAACCAAAUUUUGGAUCCUUCCAUCGUCACUACUUCAUCCGGGUUACUCUGGGGGAGUUUGUCGCUCCCAUUCUCCUCCUUGUACAAGUUGUCGCAGUGUCUGAAGCAUGCCGAGGAUAGAGGGUCCAGAAAGACAAAACUUUAACUCAAUUUUAUUUUAAAGGAGAAAAAUGAACAAAAUCAUUAGAGAUGGUCUAAUUGCAUCAACUUAUGUUUUCAUAUAAUCAAAACCUUUUUUCAUGCUUUGGUUCUCGACUUAUAAAAGAAGACACACUUGGUCCCUCCACAGUCCACACUGACUUUUUAAUGCGAGGGUAUACAGAAAAAGGUUAAAGGCAAGCAUCAACAUGUUCCAUCCCAACCUCUUUAGAAAACAGUAUUUAAUAUCAAAGUCAUGUGUAUAUUGUUACGGUGGUUUAAUACCGUGUAUGUAUUUUUUGGUACACAUCAAAUUCUCCUUGCAUUGAUUGCACUCGUAUCUGUUACACUAUGCUCAGUACUCUUGUCACCCAAUCAGAUCAAAGAAUGUCAUUCAAUUAAAUUAAUUAUCUGAUUAAAAUAAAAUUCAUAUGAAUAGUUAUCCAAGCACCCAAACACUCCCAAACUCGAAUCGUCAAAAAUUCAACAACACUUCUUCUUCUUCUUCUCUACAGAUUCUCUCUCACUUUAUCUAGACAAUCGUUUCACCUUCGCUUUUGCCUCGCGAUUGGCUGUUUCCGUACUGUGGGUUUGUCCAUGGCCGCUUCUAACCGAAGCACCAACUCUUCUCCUUCCACUGGUUCAGCUAAGGAUAUGGUGGAGAGGCUAUCAACUGACAAGAGUGUUCUCCAGCAUCAGAUGUUACAGGACACAAACAGCUUUCGCCCUUUCUGUGCUUCUGGUUAUCCUUUUUCUCCAAGUUCCUGCGGUAUUAACACAGACUCGUUUCACGUUGGAGGCUAUGAACACGCAGUUGAUACUCCAAGCUCGUACCGUUCAAGUACAGAUACUCUAAGCUUUGAAGAAGUCUAUCAUGGCAUGAGAUAUGAUGACAUGUUUUAUCAUGGUAACGGUGUACCAUCGUUGCCACAACAUUAUGGUGACCUCCAUGCUGAUGAUGUAAACUAUUUCGCUCCUUUUCGCUCAUCAAAUCAACAGUAUCCACUCCCAGAACCUCUUCAUGCUUCUCCGGAGUUUCACAUGUCUCAGACGAACUCUACACAUCCUUAUAGGCAUGGGAACGAAAUAAACAGUUUUGAGACUGAUUAUAUGAUGCGCUCUACGAGAAACUUUGGCUUGAGAAAUAAUAUAUUUGGAAAACCUAAACUCAACCCCUUCACUGGAAGAAGAACGUUUCUUCCAAUGGCGUCUACCACAAGAAGUAUGAAGCAUUCUAUCUCUGCUGACUUAUCUGCAAAUGAUUUCGAUAUGGGUUCGCCAAGUCGCUUUUUGCAAGAUGAUUUUGGAUCUUCUGCAAGCUUAACUUACAGAGAACAAGCUUACAACCAAUGCAAAAGAGGCUCUUUCUCUGCUUCUUCUUCUUCUCCUAGCUCACCUUGGGAGCUUGAUUAUAUCUUUCCACCACUUGAUGAAUCAACAAGUGGAAGCUGCAGCGACUUCUACCAUCGCCCUGCCAUGUCUGAUCUGCUUACCGAGAGAAACAGAGGGCCUAGGGCUUCAAGGCCAAACGCUAAAAGCAAAAUGAUCACUUAUGAUCAACAAGAUCUGCUCUCUCAGUUCAGGGACGCAAAGUUCUUCGUUAUUAAGUCAUAUAGCGAGGAUAAUGUCUACAAGAGCAUGAAGUAUUGCGUUUGGGCAAGCACUAAAAACGGAAACAAAAAGUUGGAUGCUGCUUAUCGUGAAGCAAAGACUAAAGAAGUGGCAUGCCCAGUCUUUCUUUUGUUCUCGGUGAAUGCUAGUGCACAGUUUUGUGGAGUGGCAGAGAUGGUUGGACCGGUUGAUUUCGAGACAAGUGUGGAGUACUGGCAACAGGAUAGAUGGUCAGGACACUUCCCGGUCAAGUGGGUGAUUGUUAAAGAUGUUCCCAACAGUCUCUUUCGUCACAUCAUAAUUGAAGACAAUGAUAAUAAGCCUGUCACUAACAGUAGAGACACCCAAGAGGUGGGAGUGGAACAAGGCAUAGAGAUGAUAAAUAUAUUCAAUAGCUGUGAGAUGAAAUCUUCGAUCCUCGAUGACUUUAGCUUCUACGAAGAGCGGCAGAGAAUUCAAGACAGAAAAGCCAGACAACGUGCUCUUCUUGAACCUCUCAGAGCCUCCUCUCUAACCUCUGUUCCAACGCAUCUCGCAAGUUCUCUCCAUGAAGACUAUGUAAGGGAAAUGUCCAAGAGCUUUGCCGAUGCUUUGGUCUUGCAACACAAACUCAAUUAAGUAACUUAAAGAACCUCUCUUAUCUUUUGGGAUUUGUACUGGAAGGUGUUUAAAAUUGUGGUUUUAUACUCUUGAUUUUGUACUAUUGACCACAUACUUAAGGAGCUUAGAUUGUAAUAUAAACUCAAGGUUCUAAAAUUCAAGGAUGAACUUUAGUUA